AUGGCAGAGUCGGUUAGUCAGGGUAAGCGUGACACAUUCAGGCCAGGACGCUAGACAAUGCGAGCGUUGCUAAUGAUGCGCCCGCAGACGAAGUCCACCAAGAAGGCACCGAAUACAUCAAGGACACCCUGGAGCAGAGACACGAGACUCAGGGUAUUCCAGAAGGUACGACUGCCGCUCCUGCUCCGAAAGAGACCUUUGGUCCUCGACUCAACCGUUCCGGACGGGACGAGAUCAACGGCUGCGACUAG